AUGGUUGGUGUGCCUGGAAGAUCCAAGGGAUGUUUACCUUGCAGAAAACGCAAGAUCGGACGCCCGGCAUGUACUCAGUGUAUGCAGUCAACCCGAGAAUGCACCGGCUACCCCGAUAAAAAUGUAUUUGUCUUUGUCUCUCCAGGCUCAAAAAAGAAGCGCAGUGACGUUAAGGGUUGUAAAUCAGGAGAGGAGAAUACUUCAACAGCAUCGAUCGAUAGCAGAGAUAGCCUCGAGAUUACAGCCUAUAAGAAAAACCCGCUUUACCCCUUCACAGAAAACAGCAAUGCCAAUAGGAUGAUUAUGAGGAACAGCGACUGUAUCGGGUUGAUAAAUGCGUUCAUCUCUGACUGCUUCCCGCUGGACGAGCAGCACUUCGCUUAUACCUCUGACGGGAAGCCAUGGACAUAUUUCCUCACAGAGAUACCGAUGAAGUCCCGAGUUCUAGAAUCAGCGAGUGUAGCGCUGGCUGCAGCCUCACUGGGACGUAUGCAUGGUAAACCGCAAUUGUCGAGAGAAGGGCUCAAGUUCUACACUCGUUCACUUAACCAGCUACAGAAAGCCUUGUGGGAUAAGAAUAAGAUGCUUGAAGACGAGACUCUCUUUUCUUGUAUGGCGCUUAGCAUGUUUGAGGUAAUUGAGUGUCCGAGCAAUGGCAAAUCUGCCGUUGAAAGCCACUGUAAGGGGAUGAUGGAGCUGGUAAGAGCUCGUGGGGUGGCAGCACACACUUCUGGAUCAGGAUAUGCUUUGUUUCUGGCUAUGCGGCCAGCUGGAAUCAUGCAGGCUAUUCGUGAGGGGACACCGAACUUCUUGUCUGAGCCUGAAUGGAUGGAAGGGCCAUGGGCAAUAACCCCAAAGUCGCUAAUGGACCGUGUGCAAGACUGUCUAGCCCGUUAUCCAGCAAUUAUUCAGAAACGCUCUCAAUUCAAGUUCCUCGCGCCUGAUAAAAGGGUAGAACUUGCCCAGCAUCUGGUGCAUGAGUGCUGGGAAAUCGAGCGGAUGCUUGAUGGCGUUUAUGCAAAAAUACAGUCGACAGGACCCAAUCCUUCAUAUUGGCCUGUGCCGUCUAAACUGAAGGUACCUACCAAGGGCGGCCUCGUAUUCCCGAUGGCAUAUUGGUUCACUGAUCUAAUGUCAGCCUGGACGAUGAUUAUGUUCUGGGCCACACGAAUGAUGUUAUGGGUUGGGCUCUGCGAUCUUUACAGCCUUAUUGAGGGUAUUCAGCCCGACCUGGUUCGCGUAUCCUCAAGUACUGGACAGCCCUCCUCUGCCUCUCUGCCCCAGCUAGGCCACCGCAAGGAUUAUCUUCCCAUAGUACAUAGCAUCUGCCAGUCGGUAGAGUACUGCUUACAAGAAUCCAUGAGGAUGGCCGGUACAGUCACCGUUUCUAUACCAUUGGGAAUAUUGGUUGGAAAUCUAGCGCACCGGCCAGAGUAUGCACGGGAGAUCGCCUGGAUACAGGCUGUCACAGAUAUAGUCCGCAGGAGAGGCCUCCAGUUCAUCAUCCAUACUAUGGUCGUAUCCCUUGAUUUUGAUAGUUCGCCAUAA